UCUCCGGCGUUAGGGGGCGCGAGGCCGCGGCAGGGCCGCUCUGGGCCGCGGCGGCCGCUCGACUGCUCCGAGGCGCGGUCCCGACGCGCCCCGCCCCCACCCGCGUUCCCCGGGCAACCUGCGGCCGCCGACAUGGACGCGCCGUUGGGCGCCGGGCCGCGGCGGGCUCGCACCAGCCUGGGCGCCGCCGGACCUGUGUCUUCGUGCCGCGCGGCGCGGACCCCGGCGGCACCCUGGGCGCGCUUCUCCGCCUGGCUGGAGUGCGUGUGCGUGGUCACCUUCGACCUGGAGCUGGGCCAGGCGCUGGAGCUGGUGUACCCAAAUGACUUCCGGCUCACAGACAAGGAGAAAAGCAGCAUCUGCUACCUGUCCUUUCCCGACUCACACUCAGGCUGCCUUGGAGACACUCAGUUCAGCUUCCGCAUGCGCCAGUGUGGAGGGCAGAGGAGCCCCUGGCAUGCCAACGACAGGCACUACCACAGCAGGGCCCCCGUGACGCUGCAGAGGGAGCCAGCACACUACUUUGGCUACGUGUACUUCAGGCAGGUGAAGGACAGCUCUGUGAAGAGGGGCUACUUCCAGAAGUCUUUGGUGCUGGUGUCCCGCCUACCCUUUGUCCGGCUGUUCCAGGCACUGCUAAGCCUGAUCGCUCCCGAGUACUUUGAUAAACUGGCACCCUGCCUGGAAGCAGUGUGCAGCGAGAUCGACCAGUGGCCGGUGCCCUUGCCGGGGCAGACCCUGAACCUACCUGUCAUGGGUGUUGUCGUACAGGUGCACAUCCCAGCCAGGGUGGACAAGUCCGAGUCCAGUCCUCUGAAGCAGUGUGACCAAGAGAACCUGCUGCCAGCCCCAAUGGUUCUUCCUAGUGUCCAUGAGCUGGACCUGUUCAGGUGCUUCCGGCCUGUGCUGACUCACGUGCAGACACUGUGGGAGCUCAUGCUCCUUGGGGAGCCCCUGCUGGUCCUGGCACCCUCGCCCGACGUGUCCUCGGAGAUGGUGCUGGCCUUGACCAGCUGCCUGCAGCCCCUGAGGUUCUGCUGCGACUUCCGUCCUUACUUCACCAUCCAUGACAGUGAGUUCAAGGAGUUUACCACACGCACGCAGGCCCCACCAAACGUGGUCCUGGGAGUUACAAACCCUUUCUUUAUCAAAACACUCCAGCACUGGCCCCACAUCCUCCGAGUUGGGGAGCCCAAGAUGUCAGGUAAGGCUCCUGGGGAGGUGCAGGGAGUGGUGCUGAGAAGCCUCAUUGAGUGCGGGACCUCAGAGCCUGUGGGAAUGGCCAGAGCUGUGGGCACUGAGGCCUGGCCACCGGCGUGUCUCCUAGGAGACCUGCCUAAGCAAGUCAAACUGAAAAAGCCUUCAAGGUUGAAGACUCUGGACACCAAGCCAGGCCUCUACACCGCUUACACAGCCUACCUCCACCGAGACAAGGCGCUGCUCAAACGGCUGCUCAAGGGCGUGCAGAAGAAGCGGCCGUCAGAUGUGCAGAGCGCCCUGCUGCGGCGGCACCUCCUGGAACUCACACAGAGCUUCAUCAUCCCCUUGGAGCACUACAUGGCCAGCCUCAUGCCCCUGCAGAAGAGCAUCACGCCUUGGAAGACUCCCCCUCAGAUCCGCCCCUUCAGCCAGGAUGACUUCCUGCGGAGCCUGGAACAUGCCGGGCCCCAGCUCACCUGCAUCCUCAAGGGCGACUGGCUGGGUCUCUACAGGCGGUUUUUCAAGUCCCCCCAUUUUGAUGGCUGGUACCGGCAGCGGCACAAGGAGAUGGCCCUGAAGCUGGAGGCCCUGCACCUUGAGGCUAUUUGUGAGGCGAACAUUGAGACCUGGAUGAAAGACAAGUCUGAGGUGGAGGUCGUGGACCUGGUCCUGAAACUUCGUGAGAAGCUGGUGCGGGCUCAGGGCCACCAGCUCCCUGUGAAGGAGGCAACGCUGCAGCGGACCCAGCUGUACAUCGAGAUGGUCAUCGGCUCCCUGCCCAAGGACCUGCAGGCCGUCCUGUGCCCUCCCUAGGACAGAGCCAAGGGCCAUGGUCCCAGGAGCCUAGGUCUGCCUGAGCCUCCCUCUCCCCAGUGGCCACGGCACUGGGCCAAGCACGUGCUCCCCUUCCUUGGCCCCCCGCCCAGACUGCAGACUCCCCUUCCUGCACCACCAUUGUCUCAGCAGUAAAGGCGACAUUUGGAACCACAGCAUGACCCUGACCAUAGGGAUUAUGCGCAGGCUGAGCCUUGCCUCCUCCUGGGCCCCACCUGGACUCUGCAGACCGCAGGCUGGGCCGCUGGGCUGGGGCGGGGACAGGCUGGGAGCCCUCACUGAUAUGGGUGUGUCUACUGUCUGCCCCUCCAGUGCCCAUCUGUUGGCCCCCAAACCCCCUGCCCUGUGUGUGGUGCUCCUUUCAGCCCGACAGACUGCCCAGGACAGGAGGGACCCUCUCCCGACACAGCCACCCACCCCUGUCUUGUCUGGGGAUGAGAGGGUGCUUUGCACAUAGUCAUCAACUCAAGAAGGGGAGAGAUGGCUUUGCAGUGUUAAGAGUUCUGCCCACCACCCCUAGUGCCCCUCUGGGCCCCCACCUACCUGGCGCUGUGGUUUGUUUGGUGGUAGGGGGUGGGCAGGGGGCCAUGUGGGGCCCAGUGCCUCUGCUAGGAGAGCUGGCUCAGCCUGGCCCUCGGAGGGUCCACAGCACCUUCUUGGCUCCCAGUCCUGGAGCCCCCACCAGGUGCCAGCUCCGUGCUCCCUCCUGAGAGGUGGACAGGGUCCCUGUUGUCUGUGUGUGUCCGUCCAUCCCCACAUGCAGCCAAGGUGCGCUGGACUCUGGCCUGACCCUGCCUCUGGCUGGAGCUGCGUGUCUCCCUUUCCUUGGUAAGAGCCACCUCUGGGUCAUGUGCACCCCCAUAUGAUACCUGCAGGCACUGAGCCCUGUGAUGUACGGUGCUGACAGCACUGUCAGGGCUCCAGACCGCCAAGCCCCACUCAGCAUCACACACUGUGUGCCUGGGGAUAGGUCCCCUGACCACUCAGACCCUCACUUCUCAUCUGAGAGUUCCAGAGAUCCAUGCAGUUGCCUGAUGGUGCUGGGAGGGCCCGGGCCCACCCAUGGAGACUGGGCCUUGUGCCCUGCAAGGCCAGGCUGGUGCUGGCCAGGGGACACAGGGCUGGAGCAGGGACUUUUCAUUUUCUUCUGAGGCCCCCAUUCAGUGUGACGUACUGUGUGCGUUCUCAUUGGUGCUCUCAGACCCCAGCUUCUAGCGAGGCGGUGGACACCCAGGCUUCAGUGCAGGGUGUGACUGAGCCACGAGGACUCUGGGCAGGUGUCAGGCACCAGGUCGUUCUCAGAACUUGGUCCAUGUUGACUUGUCCAGCCUGACUACAGCCCAGGACAGCCUGUCCCUGUCCCCAUUCGACAGACAAGGACACAGGCAGUGGGGAGGCUGACAAGGGGACUGUUCAGCCCAGAUGUCUGGUGCAGGGUCCCAGGACAUGGCCACAUUAAACAGAGCACGUAGAGGCUGAGGCAGCAAAUCCGUUCUGUGGCACUGGCAAGCCGGGGCCCGAGGGUGAGAAAGGUCCUGGCCCCAGAUGCAGCUUGGCCUGCCCCUACUGUGGCAUGGGGCGGCCUCCCUGCUGAAGGCUUGGUCUCUAGCAGGUCUGCAGAGAUGCUGGCACUUCCUGUGUGGCCAGCUGGAAUGUGACCUCUGUAAGAUGGGACCUGGAGGACAGUGCAGGCCCUGCCGUCAGCUGCCCUCCAUCAGCGCCUUCUGCAGAAGUCCCGUGCUCAUCCCAGCCCCCUGAGGACCAUCACAUCAAGGUGUCAGGGCAGCUUGGGAAGAGGACCCACUCUUCUCAACUGUGACCCGAUUUGGGGAGUGCACCCCACGUGCCAAGCAGCCUGUGCUUCCCCAUACCACAGUCUGGUCUCCCUUGGCUUUCUGAGGGCUGCAGGGGAGGGGUUUCAGGCUGGUCUCUGAGAAGCCCCCAGGGACCCUGGCCACUGUCUGUCCAGAAAUGCACAACCAGAUUUCCCUGGAGGGUUCUGGUGAGGCCACGUAGCAGGGAGGAAAGCUUGGUGGGCACCAGGCCAGGUGGGAACAUUGCACUGGGCAAAAGCCCAGGCUGAGGUAGAGGGUACUGUCCCUCUUCCUCAGGGCCUGUCCCUGCCUGUGCAGAAGAGCCUCAGGGUGGAAUGUGGCCUGAGGUACGAAGUGAAGAGGGAGGAAGGUCCAGACUGCUCUACCCCUGGCCAGAGUGCCAGCCCCCACAGGCAAGAGGGCCUGUGCUGGGCAGAACUUAGCUGGCCAGGAUGAGGACUGCUGUGGUCACUGAGGCCUCCCGAAGGACGGGGACCACAGGAUUUAGAGGGUGGAGAGGGCUAGGAGCAGGCUGGAGUGGGCCUGGGGGCUGAGGGUGCACACAGGGCCUGCUCAGGGACAGGAAGGACAGCUGCUCACCCUAAGCUUCCUGUCGGCUAUUUAAAGACUCCCUUUUAGUCUAGAAUAGUGGCCUUCCCACGGUUUGGCUAUUAAAACGUCCUUUUGUGACACA